AUGGUGCAGGAGCACGAUUACAACAGCCGUCCAGUCCCAGGGGCAGAUGUGAUUAAUUUUGAUGGGCAGGGGGUGAUCUCUUACCGCUUCAAAAUGAAGAAGAUGAAGAUUUUGAAGGAUGUGAUAGCCCUAAAGUUUAAAACAUCAGAGAGCGAAGGGGUGAUUCUUCACGGAGAGGGGCAACAGGGUGACUACAUUACCUUGGAGUUGAGAAGAGGCCGGCUACUGCUGCAGAUAAACCUCGGAAGUAAUCAGUACGGCUCCAUCCUGGGCCAUACAUCUGUGACUAGUGGCAGCCUGCUGGACGAUCAUCAUUGGCAUUCUAUAGUAAUUGAGCGCUACAGGAGAAAUGUCAAUUUCACCCUUGAUCAGCAUACGCAGCACUUCCGCACCAAUGGGGAGUUUGACCACCUUGACCUGGACUAUGAGCUGACUUUCGGAGGAAUGCCUUAUUCUGGGAAGCCAGUCUCAGGGGGUAGAAGAAACUUCAAAGGCUGCAUGGAAAGCAUCAACUACAAUGGAGAGAACAUCACUGACCUGGCCAGAAGAAAAAAACUGGACUCUUCUAGUUUACGCAACCUGACGUUCUCCUGCGUGGACACGCACACGUUCCCCGUCUUCUUCAAUAGCACCAGCUUUCUGCAGCUGCCAGGGAGGAGGGACCACAAUAUGGUGUCUGUGAGAUUCCAGUUCCGUACCUGGAACCCCAGUGGCCUGCUCCUGUUCAGCUCCUUGGCAGAUGGAAUGCUAGAAUUGUCUCUAAACGAUGGAAAAGUCACGGCACACAUUAACGUCACUCAGCAGAAAAACUUGCGUGUGGACAUUGCAUCAGGUGUCUUUGUCAGUCUGAAGUAG